UUGUCAUUCCCCGAAUGAAAGUUCCAACUUGGCAUUCAUUUCUUGUUUUCGACGGUGGAAAAGAAUUUCAAUUUUUCUCUUCACAGCCGCGAAAUCUGUCCCGUUUUUUUUUUGUCUGUGAUCGAACGGGACUGGGCCGUGCAGAGUCCCGUGUUUCCGCGUUCCGUGCUACAUUGUGCAAUCGUUAGUUUAUUCGUGUGUAGACACGUAAUGCAAAAGCGUGUGUUUGUGUGUCUGUAGCGUUCAGGAUCGUCAACAUAGAAAGUGCAAAACGAAAAGCAGCAACAGCAGCAGGUCUAGUGCCGAUCAACGCCUGCUAAGCCAACAUGCAGCAUUUGGUUUGUGUUUAACAUCAAGCAGCAGGAUUUUUGUUAUCCCUUUUCUGGACUAGUUUCGUAUCUGUUGGUGUGAUACGACUUGUGGCGGAGCGGGUGACCGGCCUUUUCCGGCCACCACAAAAGAAUGGCCGAACAGUUUUCUGCUUCGACCGCUUUUACGAACAUGAACAACAACACGGACGGCUGGGGCGAUGAUUGGGGCGAUUGGAAUGAUAAUUCCGGCCCGGCUGUGGAAACGACUAUGCCUAAAACCGUUGGUUCGAUGCAGACAGCACCGAACGCUCCUCCCAACACAUACUUCCAGCCACCACAGCAGCAACAGCCUCAACAACAUUUACAAACGCAAUAUCAACAACCACAACCGCAGAUGACACCAGCCCCAGGAACGUACCUGACCGGUGGGCAAAAUAGAAUGGAUCAACACAACCACAACUAUGUGCCGAAUUACUCGCAAAGCAACACCGGAUACCAGCAACCGGCGAUGAUGCCCGCUACGACUGCUAACCAAUAUUCAACUGCAAAUUACGCGCAGCCGUCGUACGACGCACCGGCAACUAAUUUUUUCAACGCGCCACCCUCACCCCCGGCCCCGGCUGUUCCACAUCCGCCUGCUUCGACAACGCCCCAACUGAUACCGACCUUCAGUCAGACCAUUUCCGAUAGUUUCGAUACAACGGCGAGCAACAACAGCUGGAACUGGACCGUACCGGAACCGCCAAAACACUCACAGCCAUCCAGCGGCCCUAAGCCGCAGCCGAACGAAAAUGUCGCACCAAAGCAAUCGCCACAGCAGCAACAAUCUGCUCCGGUCCAGCAGUAUGAAGACUUUCCGCAACAGGGCAACUUACCUUCGGCAGCAAGCGUGCAACUACAGCGUCUGAAGGCGGAGACCCUUUCGCCGCAAUGGUCCAUCGAGAGUCAGGUGUCGUCUAGCGAUCGUUCGCUGGAGAGUGAUCCAAGCGGCGAUAAUAGAGGUCCGACCCAAACCAGCACAACCAAGCGCGCUAGCGAAGGUACGAUGAACAAUGGACCUUUUCCCGCAUCAGCUCCAACGACCCUGCAGGCUGCCGUUCCGGAUAAGCUCGAUGAAGUGCUGGAAGCUUUAAGCAUUAAGCAAGAACCAACGGAAAGUACCGCGGUUGCUGGUAACAGCCAGCUCGAAAGCAAUUACCGUGGCGAACAAAACUUUCCACCACCACCACCUUCGAUCGUUGGAACCGCGGCUGCAGCAGGACCGAUUGUGAACGAUUCCCUCUCGCUCACAUCUAAAACAUCCUCUACGACGCCACCCUUGCCACCUCCCCCGAUCGAUAACCCAACGAUAGCAUCCUCACCUGCAUCUGGACCCCCGAUGGCUGGUGGGGGACCACCACCGAAAGCAAUGCAAAUUGCCGGAUCAAACCCGUUCAAACGAACCGGGCCACGGUCACAUACUGCCACGCCGGGACUAUCGGGCGCAGGUGCAUCUCCUGCUGCUGUCGUACCACCUUCGACAAAUGCCGGUGGAGCCUUCUUUUAUCAGCAACAGACACAACAUCCAGCGCUACUGCAACCGGCUUCGGUGGAGGAGCAGCACAACAUCGAAUCACUGACGCCCGAAAAUCAAGAAAUUCUGAUCGAAACGCGCAGCAGCGAGCAAACGAUGGAAAAUCAGGAAAUUGCACCAAACAACGAUCGCAAUCAGUACCUCCAGACGGGCCACCUGUCAGAGGAUGGAUAUGGUGUGGAAGGCACUACAUCGAUGAGCGGUACUUCGCGCACUCUCCAAGCGACCGGCUCCGAUGAGGUGGAAACGAAUCAUGGUGAUGCGAACGAUGGUCGUCUACCACCGCCGGGUCUUUCGCGAUACGUGCCGGGCCAGAACGAGCAGCAACCGGAACCAUUCGUGGCGUCGAGCGUAGCAGUGGGGCAAAGCUUUCCCGAGCCACCGCCGGGAUUGGAUCGAAUGGUUCCCGGUAUGGAUCUGCAGAACGUAUCGGACCUUUCGCUCGAACGCCAGGCGGAUGGUGAGGUGUCGGACAGUACCACACCAGCAGCACCCCCCACGAUUAUGCCAGCGGCUUCGAUGGCCGGACCGAGUGCACGGAACGAUCAUCUGCACCAUCACCACCAUCACAAUCAUCAUCACGAACGACGGGUCGAUAUGAGCGAUCGCAAUCUGUAUCGCGUGCCGGGCGAAGAUGACAAUCAUACGCAUCUCAACCAGCAACGAGUUGUGCCCGGUGGUGGUACAGAAAAUGAUCGUCCCAUGCCCGCACCGGCAUCGAGUGCGGUUCCCGUCUCGAGCGCCGCCUCGGUGAUGUUGAAUUCCGUCGCGUCGCUUGACAUGCCCGAGGAGCAGCGUGAGUUGGUAAUGGAUGGUGAAAAUCCGGACGAUCGACGCGAAGAUUCGCUAGUGGGGGGUAAUGCCGAUCCGAUUCCUUCGGCAGCCGGUGCUGGUUCGAGCGCCGCUGUCGCUGCUAGUGGUGCUGCAGCGUUGGAAACGGAAUCGAACGUUACUGUCGACAGCACGUACCGUAUGGAACCGUCCAACACAUCGACGGCGGACGAGAGCGACAAGGGUGGCUUUUACGGGGGGGCCGCCGGUAGCUCGAAAGGUGGUCGCCGGGAAGACGACAAUCUUCGUCGAUCGAACAAAAGCAAAAGCUCACGCGAUCGGUACGAUACGGAAGAUUCCGACUACAGCGAGCACGAGCGUCGUCGCAGGGAUCGUGGUGAAACGGGUGUAGCGGUUGCUAGUGGUGGUGCAGUAGCGGAAUCAAGCUCCUCGCAACGACAAGAACGAUCGCGCCGUACCAACGGUGACCGGGAGAAGGACAAACAGCGAAAGGAUAAUGGGCGCGAUCGGGACCGUGACCGGGAUCGUGAACGGGACCGGGACCGGGAUCGCGAUCGUGAUUACUAUUAUCGCGAUCGUGAUCGUGAGCGAAACAGAUACGAACGCGAUCGUGGUGAACGCUAUGGGCGCAAUAGCAAGUAUGAUCGUGACAGUCGCUACGAAACCGACGGUUCAAAGUACGAAACCGAACGAUCGACCCGGUACGAAAAGGAAGACAGACGGUACGGUAGUUCCACCACCCGUGACGACUACUACCGAAAGCGAGAUGAGCGCGGACCGACGGACGAUAGUCGUGGUGGUGGUGCUGGGCGGGACCGCGAUCGCGACCGCGAUCGCGACCGCGAUACGCUCGAAAGGCGACAACGAAAGGAAAAGGAACGCUCGGAGCGCUACCGGGGUGAUGAGCGAAGAAAAGAUGAUCGCUACCGCGAAGGUGACAAGCGCCGCGAUCGUCCCGAACGACGCUACGAUCCGGAGGAUUAUCGUGCCGGCAGCCGCAACGGAACUGAUCGCGAUCGCGCCCGGGACAGCCGGGAAAGGGACGAUCGUAAGGAGAAGGAUCGCAGCAAGUACAUGGGCACCGGCGGCAGUGGUUAUGUUGGUGGUGCUGCCGAUGCUUACGGUCCGUCCAGCGGGUACUACGAUUCGUACAGCUACUACGCGCAGCAUCAGCAGUAUUACGAACAGCUGCGCCGCACGAAUCCCCAGGCGUACGCCGAAUGGUACCGUACGUAUUACGCGCAAAUGCAGGCGAGCCAGAUGCAGCGCGAUCUGCGGACGACGGAUGGCCGUGAGUCGGUCCAUUCCGGGCGCAGCUCGACAAACGACAAAGAACGGUUUAAUCGGACCACACCGUUCCUUCAUCCGCCCGGUGUGUACAAUCCGGAGGAUUACCAUCGCCAUUACAAUAAUCAAUCGCUACCGUCGGCGGCCGGUGCGGCCGGUCCGGGUUCGCUGCUCGACCAAAGCUAUCUGACCGAUGCGUCCGGUCAGCCGUCGUCACUGCCACCGAUGAUGUACCACGCCGCACUCCAGCAGCAAACGCAGCACCAUCGUCAGGCACUGCUACACCACCAGCAGCAGCGGGCAAACACGGCGCUGGCGCUGGACCGCACGUACCAUGGCGAAGCGGGCGGAUACUUUCAACCAAGAAUCGAUCAGAUUGAUGCGUCCUCUAUAAAGCCGGAAACCGCCACCGAGUUGUCGAUGAUGGAACCGGAACGCUUGACGCCCCGGAAGUUCCCCGAAAUUCAUCCCAUCGUAAGCGUGUCCGCCGGUUUGCUCAUAUCGACCAAAAAUCGACUAACGAUGAACGGUAUGGCGGACACGGUGAAAAUAUACAGCUUAGGGUACAGCGACGCAAGCAGAAAGCUGUUCCAAACGUACCCGGGGCCGCUGGUGAAGGGUGUAACGCAUAAAAAGUCGGUGAUUGAAUUCUGCGAAGAGCAACUGCGCCAAGGGCCUCCGUAUGGUGGUGCACUGGCACUAAUGAAAUCGCGCGGCAACUCCAUCAACAGUCUUCAUUCGUCCUCGCUGGCGGCCGGCGUUAAGGGCAGCUCGUUCUCCUUGCUGUGGAACUACAUCAUUCUGCUGCUAAGACAAAAUGGCACGUUUGUUGGUACUGAUAUUUCGGAACUGUUGAUGCGCAACAAGGAGGAAUAUCCUUUCGAAUCGCUUCAGGCUAGCGUGCCACGUUCGGCCAACAUAAGUGGGCGCAAUUCGUCGCUAUCGCAGGCAGCUGCCGAACGGGAGGGUGAUGCCCGGCACGGGGAAGGAGAUAGCGAAGAGGCGGCCGAUGCUUCUUUGGGCGAGCUGGCAAAGGACACGUUGGUAGCAGCAGCAGACGCGGCGUCACCGAAACCACUCUCGGAGCUAGAAAUUACGGACAAGUUCCGCAGCUAUCUGCUGUACGGAAACAUUAGCGAAGCGCUCGAAUGGGCCACCGAGCAUAAUCUCUGGGGACAUGCGCUGUUCCUCGCGUCGAAGGUUGACUCACGGCAGCACGCGAACGUGAUGAUGAAGUUCGCUAACAAGCUGACGCUGAACGAUCCGCUGCAAACGCUGUACCAGCUGCUCAGUGGGAGAACUCCGGCCUCGGUCACGAGUGUGUUGGAUGAAAAGUGGGGCGAUUGGCGGCCUCAUCUCGCGAUGCUGAUGUCCAACAGUUCCGCCAAACCGGAACUGAUCAAGAAGUCAAUCACAACGCUCGGCGAUACGUUGCUGCAUCGGGGCGACCUGUAUGCGGCACACUUUUGCUACCUCCUGUCCGAUGUGGCCUUUGGACGGUUUGCUGACGUAAGGCAUGAUGUUGCCGGUGCUGGGAACAGUGGAACCGUGCGGUUGGUGUUACUGGGUGCUGCUCACAGCAAUCGUACCUUCCGCGAGCUGUCUACGAACGAGGCGAUCAUGAUGACGGAAGUUUACGAGUACGCACGAUCGCUGAACGAGGAUCGCUAUUCAAUCGAUGAAUUACAGCGUUACAAAUAUUUGCUAGCGUGCCGUAUGCUUGACCAGGGUAUGCAGCUCAAAUGUUUGCUGUACAUGGAGCAGAUAGCGGAACAAAUACGGUACGAUCCGUACCGGUUUGAUACAGAUUUUGUGCGAAAGGUUUACACGCUAGGCGAUCGGUUGAAGUAUUACGAUCCGGUAAUGGAAAAGGCGCUGGACGAAUCGGUGAACAAUACGGGCCGGGGCAAUGUCUACGCAAACGUGGAAGAUCCACAGUGGUUAAAGCAGUUGAACGAAAUACUCCUGAACAAUUCAUCAAGUGGUGCCUCGCAGUACAAUAACGUUGGCGAUGGCCCGUUGACUUACGAUUACGGCACCGGAUACGGCUAUGGUGUCGAGCAAUCGCAGCGUCCGGUAGGCGGUAUUGCGACUGAAGAGCAGGUGGCCGUUCAGCAACCGGAAACGAACGACAUUAACGAACAGUUCAACGAAAUCAACCAACAGCUCGGACAGCUUAAUUUGCAGUACAGCGACCAAUCGGCACAACAGUACCAGCCCAAUGCCGCCGCUCCAUACGAGCUGAAUCCGGCCCCUGUUCCGGGGAGCUACGAUCAGGGUUACGAAUCGAUUAACCAGCAAUCACUGAUUGAUCCAACGGUCGAACAGCCAGCUCAGGCCACACAGCAGCAGCAGCAGCUGCAGGACAAUUAUGAGCAGCAACAUCAGCAAUACAAUCCGUAUAGCAGCUACGAUGAACAUCAGCAGCAGGAACAACAGCAGCAGCAGCUGGGAGGAACCAGCUAUUUCACACCAGCUCCUCCAGCGAACAGUAAUGAGGUGAUGGGAUCUACCGUGCCGACGUCGUACGAUGCAGGAUACUGGGGCACUGCCGCUGGUAGCAACAGUGAGCUGCGAGCACAGGAACAUCAUCCUCAACACUACCACGCCGACGAGGAGGAGGAGGAACACGAAAUGGACGAGGAGGACGAGGAUCGAAAGGACGAUUGCGAUCGUAGCUCAUUGUCGCCUUCGCCCGCGAUCGACGCGACACGGCAGCAAGCAAUCGCUGCCUCGUUCGAUUAUCAUCGCGUUACGCAGCAGCAGCUGCAACAGCAACGGGAUGCGUGCGCGGCACCUAAACCGACGAUCUCAAUGCCAAACGCUGUCUCGAAGCGGCCCGGAUACGGUGACGAUACGGAUGACGAGCGGACGGGAGGUGGAGCGAGAGCUGGAGAAGUGAAUGCGGCAACCGGGGGCAGUAAACCACAGCAGCAAGCCCAGAAUGCGGCUGCCCAAGCGAAGAAAGCUCCCGGUGGCAAGGAUGGAAAAGGAACGGCUGGGCCAGCCGGUGCUCAAGGGUCGGGAUGGUUCGGUGGCAUUUGGAACAAGUUUUCCUUGAAGCCGAAAAACCAGAUGAUACUGCCCGAUGAUAAAAAUCCAAAGAUUGUUUGGGAUGAAGUGUCGAAGCGUUGGGUAAAUACGGACGAGGGAGAGGCAGAAGCGGAAGCGUACAAACCACCGCCCAAGAUGUCGGAUCUUGUCCCAACUGCAGCGCCAGCGCCUACGGCUGGUCCCCCGGCAGCUGUAGCCCCCGUCGGUGGACCGUCCGGACCGAUUCCACAGUCGCAAAAUUCCGGUGGUGGACCCGUAUAUCAGCAACCACUGCUGUCCAAUCCGAUGGACAGCCGCCCUCAGUCUCAGCCGCUGCAAUCGAACGUUUCAGCGGUCAGUAAUGCUGGUGGUCCGGUCGGCGAACCGACGAAAGUUCCCACACUGCAGUCAAACAUGUACAAAAUGCAACGUAACCGAACCCUGAAGCGGUCGUACGUCGAUGUGUUCAAUCCUUCCGGUGCGGCCCCGACCAAACCUACGGAACCCGUGCUGGCACCGGCCGUUCCGACGAUGCCUAAUGCUGCGGGAAGCUUUUUCGUUCCGGGAGGUGCUCCCAACACCGGUGGAGCAGAACAGCAGACGGAGGGUGCAGCUCAGGGAAUGCCACAGUUUUACAACCCGAAUCAGUUUGCUGGGGGAUACCAGCAGCAGUAGAAGAAGUUGACAAAAAACCACAAAAACACGAAGCAACUCAGGAUGAUGAAACCACCCUGUCCAGACCCCAGAACCCGGAUUUGUUUGAUCGUGCCCAUGUUUGCGUUGUUGGUUCCGGAUACACUGCGCUCCGCAACGACGAGGUUUGAUAACACAGAAAAGUAUCGCAACGUCUUACUCAUUCACCUCCACAGUUGCAAAGUUCCGUAGUGUGCAACCCCUGUUUGGUUUUUUUCCUAUUCUAUUCCUGAGCUUGUAUUUACAACCGUUUCUUUUUUCUCCUUGUGUUAAGUGACCUUAUUUGGCUUCCUGUUCCCGUUCCGUUUUUUUUUUGUACUUUUCAAUUUGGAAGGUGGGAAAGCUUGCCACGGUGCAAUAAUCUAAAAGACACACACACACACACACGUGUACAGGGAAAGGAGUUUUCGGAGCUUGUGUUGUUUGGGUUUAAGAGUGAGUUCCUCUUCGGCUUCUUCGGCCUGUGUUAAGUCAAAAAGUCCGGCGAAGAAGCGUCUAAUUACUCUAUUGGUUUUGUGUUUAGCGUGUUAAAUUGUUUUAUAUGACUGUUACGGAUGUAGCCUCCUUUUCUUUCACGUUCCAUGUGUAAUCAAGUAGACCGCGACCAAUCAAUACACACACACACACUGCGGGCUAAAAGUCUGCUGCUGCACUGGCAAUGACACUUUUAGUGAGAAUUUCUAUGUUCAAUUAUGUGUUUAUGUUGUUUUUUUUAUUAUUAUUCGUUGACGGGUAGAGAAAGCGGACGGAAAGGAUUCUUUUUAUCUAAAUAUUCCCUUUAAGUUAAGCUGUGUGUAUUCAUUAAUUGUCCCUGGGAUUCGGGAGAAAACAAAAAGUUGUGUGCAAGCGGGCAAUAAAGAAGGGCAAGCGAGUAGUGUGAGUCAUUUGUGAUACGAUGGUAAAUCGUUUAUUUCGGAUUACGCCCGUUUUAUGCCGGAUAUCUCGUCCCUUCCUUAUUUCGCGUUACCUUUUGUUUGAGAAGUUCCGAAUGUGGGCGAAAAGACACACACACACACAAACAAAACUGAACUCCUGGUGCGCUCGCGAAAAGUAUGGCCGAAGGAUUAUUGCGCUUGGGAAGGGAUAUUAUGAAAUGUAUAAUGUAUUUAGCCCAAUUGUCGACAGAAUAAAUUACACUAUUAAAAUAU